UGUUUUGAUCACGCGGACUGGGAUAUGUUCCAGGUAGCCUCUGAGAAUAAUAUAGGUGAACACAUAGAUACGGUGACUGAGUUUAUCAGGAAAUGUAUAGGAGAUGUUGUACCCACUGUGACUAUUAAAACCUACCCAAACCAGAAACCGUGGCUAGAUAGCAGCAAACGAGCAAAACUGAAAGCGUGAACCACCACAUUUAACCAUGGCAAGGUAACUGGGAAUAUGGCAGAAUAUAGACAAUGUAGCUAUUCCCUCCUUAAAGGUAAUCAAAAAGGGAAAACCUCAGUACAGAGACAAAGUGGAAUCGCAAUUCAAUGGCUCAGACACGAGACGUAUGUGGCAGGGUCUACAGACAAUCACGGACUACAAAGGGAAAACCAGCCACCGCAGACAGUGACCUCUUUCUUUCGGAUAAGCUAAACACCUUUUUCGCCCUCUUUGUUGAUAACACAGUGCCACCAACAUAGCCAGCUACCACAGACUGUGGUCUCUCCUUCUCCGUGGUCGAUGAGCUGGCCAAACACUUUGAUAAAAGUGACCCUGGCUACGAGGUAGUGGAGGAUGCCAUCAUCACCAUGACAGCCGUGGCCUGGUACAUCAACGAUAUGAAGAGGAAGCAGGACCAUGCCGUCAGGCUGCAGGAGGUUGAGAGCUUGUUGACCAACUGGACAGGUCCAGACCUGAGUGGCUUUGGGGAGCUGGUGUUGGAGGGCGCCUUCAGGGUUCAACGGGUCAAGAAGGAGAGGGCAUUCUUCCUCUUCGACAAGAUGCUGCUUAUCGCUAAAAAGAGGCUGGAGCAUUUCAUCUACAGCACCCACAUAUUUUGCUGUAACCUUCUUCUCGUAGAAACCAUGAAGGACCCCCUGUGUUUUAAGGUGUCCGAUCAGACCAUCCCCAAACAGCAGCACAUUGUACAGACCAAAAACCAGGAGGAGAAACGCCUUUGGCUGCACUACCUCAAGAGGCUGAUAGUGGAGAACCAUCUUGCCUCUCUACCCCAGAAGGCAAGGCAGGUACUCGGUGACAACUUCUGUCAAUCUCCUCAGUUUGAUCAGGAUCGGUUAAAAAAAUCAUCUCCAAGAUGCGAUGAAUACCAUCGAGGCAGACGCCAAUCAGCCCCAGAGUUCAUCUACACCCCAGAGAAGGCCAAGAAGAGCCUUCCCCUGCUGCUGGAGGGGAACCUGUCCUAUCGCCGUGGCAGGAGGCAGUCUGGCUGGCAGCGAGGGGGAGCUGUGUCCUGGGGCAGAUAG